AUGGAAAAAGAUAACCCAAUAAUGCAAUGCACCUACUGCAAUGCAUUAGUAUGGUAUUCAGAGAAGACAGGAGAAGACAGAGAUGGAGCACCUACCUUCACCAUUUGUUGCCAACAGGGUCGUGUGAAACUACCGCCACUCAGGAAACCGCCACCUUAUCUAGAAAAUCUACUCGCAAACAAUCCAGAAUUCAGGAGAUUAAUACGUGUCUACAACUCAAUCCUUGCGUUCACAUCUAUUGGUGCUAAGAUAGACUACAGUAUUAUCAUCGGAUUGGAUCCCUGCUUCCAGCUCCCGGCCAAGGAUCGAUAUAAGGCAAAUCAGAUUGAAGACCUGACUAUUAGAUUGGUUGGCCGGAAAGGGAAGGGAAAACAGUAUGAUUUACCACAGGUACAAGAGGUUGCAGGACUGAUUGUUGGAGAUUUAACAGCGACAACUGGUUAUCGAGACAUCGUUCUGCAGCUGCACUCAAGCCACUUGCAGGAGAUCAGAGACGACCACCCUUUGUUCAUGAGCUUACAAUAUCCACUUUUCUUCCACCCGGAAAUCCCACAUGCAGUAACACAACAAGGCGAGAGGAAGAGGAGUAAUAUUAGUACAAGGGAAUAUUACGCAUAUCAACUGCAGACACGACUAACUGAGGGAAUGACUAUUGUAAAGGGUGGACGUUUGUUUCACCAGUAUGCAGUAGAUGCUUAUACAGCCAUUGAGCAAAAAAGGCUCCAGUGGGCUAGGGAUAAUCAGGAGCAGCUACGAGCCGAUUUGUACAACAACGUCUUCGAUGCUGUUGGCAAGGGUGAGACAGAAGGAACAAAAAUUGGGAAAAGGAUAAUUUUGCCGUCAAGCUUCACGGGAGGGCCAAGAUACAUGAUUGAAAAAUACCAUGAUGCAAUGGCCAUAUGUAGACAUUACGGGAAUCCGACUUUGUUCAUCACCAUGACCGCAAAUCCUAAUUGGGAUGAAAUAAAGGAACACAUCGCAAAACAUGGUGAGACUGCAGGAAAUCAGAGACCAGAUAUGGAAACGCGUGUUUUUGAGAAGAAGCUUGGGGAUUUGUUAAAAGAUCUAGAGAAGGGUCUAUUCUUCAGCCCUUACAUUGCGGCCCUCCACACAGUAGAGUUCCAGAAACAGGGUCUGCCUCACGCACAUAUGCUUAUCUGGCUGAAAAGAGAAACAACAAUUCCAACACCCGAUGAGGUGAAUAAGAUCAUCUCUGCUGAACUACCAAACAAAGAAGAAGAUCCGAUUGGCUUUGAGCUUGUGGAGAAGCACAUGAUGCACGGCCCUUGUGGAGUGGACAGACCAUCCUCACCCUGCAUGAGUAAAAAAUUUUGUACGAAAAAGUACCCAAGGCAGUACAAUGAGUUCACAUCCAUCGACAAGUCAGGUUAUAUUAUCUACCGUUGCCGUCAUAACGAAGCAAGCAUUGUGAAAAAAGGCGUUACAAAUCUGGAUAACAGAUUCGUAAUUCCCCACAAUCUGGAAAUCCUGAAAAAAUACCAAGCGCACAUAAAUGUGGAAUGGUGCAACACAACAAAUGCCAUCAAAUACCUGUUCAAGUAUAUUACCAAAGGUGUCGACAAAGCAACAUUCAUGAUUGAGAAGGGAACACCGGAGCUUGGCGAUGAAAAAUUUAAAGUUGUUAAAGAAAGAAACGAGAUCCAAGAGUUUCUUGACUGCCGGUUUUUAUCGGCAUGUGAGGCGAUGUGGCGCAUAUUUGCUUUUCACAUCCACAAAGGAUUAAAUUGCCUCUAUCUUUCAAAAGUCCCUCAAGUCACCGAAGUUCCAUGCUUUUCAAAAGAUGGUGAUGUCUACUUGCAAUUCAUAUUCGCUGUGUUUAGCAUUGAUGAUACGUUGGAAGUUAAUAAGGUCGAGAGAGUAGCAUAUGAUGAUGUGAAAGCUGUGGAGUAUUUCUUGAAACAAAAGUUUGAAUCACAGCCAGAGAUUGUCAAGGUUGGUAAACUUUCUCUCUGUUCCACCAAGUACUUAGCAACAUUAGAUAAUAGUCUUUAG